UUAAUGCCAUUUGGGGGGCCUUGACCUUGGAAAAGUUUGGGAACCCCUGUACUACAGCCUUGGCUGAUAUAUUGCACCCUCUAAAGGGUUAACCGGCGGUCGGUGACGUCACGGCAGCCGAUCGCACGUGCGCGCGCGUCACCCGGUGCGACUCGGCUCGACUCGGCUCGGCUCGGCUCGACUCGGGAAAUGUCGGGACGUAGAGCAGGGUGAUUUUGGGGUUGUUGUUUUUUUCCACACAUUUAUAUCGAUUUUAUUUUAGUCUCUCCUGUGAACACGGGUCAGAUUUAACACUCAUGUGACGCGUGAUAGACGGAGUGACCGAGCGGGUAUUAAUAGUCGGCGGUUUUAUACCGAGCGCAGACCGUAAACAUGGAAAUCUUCCCACAUUCCGAGUGUUUACUGAAACAUCCGCGUCGGGAAAUAGGCCAAGAAAACAUAUCCCGGCUUCUUUAGAUGGAUUUAAAAAGAGGUUUUAGUUAGUGCAGGUUAGUGAAGACCGGGGUUUUUUUUUCUCCAAUCUGACCCCGUCGCAUUGACUUUCUAAUCAGGAUUUAGGUUUUUUUGUUUGUUUGUUUGUUUGUUUGUUUUUUUAACGCGUUUAUUUUUUUACAUAUAGAUAUAUAUUUUUUUAGAUCUUUUAUCCUCCGUGCAUAUUUAUAGCCUAUAAACGCUGCGUUUUUAUUUAUUUCUGCGUUUUUACUCGAGAGAUGUCCGUAUAGCACUAGUUGUUGUUGUUGUUUUUAAUCAGUGAAUCAAAACAAAAGAGUUGCAAACAUGAAAUCUUCUCUAGCUCCUGGUAUCAGAGUGAUCACAUCUUUCUCCAGAGACAGCUGGUACAGAGGCUUCAUUCUCUUCCUCACAUUCCUGUUCUACACAGCGUACCAUCUCUCACGCAAACCUAUCAGUAUUGUCAAGAGUCAGCUUCAUAGAAACUGCUCCUAUGUCAUUCAUCCUACUGACCUGAAUGUCACGGACAAUUCCACCUGGUGUGACUGGGCUCCUUUUGACCGAGACAAUUACCAGAACCUGUUUGGAUGGCUGGACAACUGUUUUCUCGUGGCCUACGCCAUCGGCAUGUUCUUCAGUGGCAUUUUUGGCGAGCGGCUGCCCCUGCGUUAUUACCUCACCACUGGCAUGCUACUCAGCGGCCUUUUCACAGCACUCUUUGGCUUGGGCUUCUACUGGAACAUUCACUCGUUGUGGUACUACUGUUUAGUGCAGGUAUUAAAUGGGCUGGUACAGACGACGGGAUGGCCGGCGGUGGUGGCUUGUGUCGGCAACUGGUUUGGAAAGGGGAAACGAGGGUUCAUCAUGGGAGUGUGGAACUCGCACACCUCUGUGGGGAACAUCCUGGGCUCGCUCAUCGCUGGGGCGUUCGUCUCAACCGCCUGGGGCAUGUCCUUCAUCGUGCCUGGCAUCAUCAUCGCCACUACGGGGGUCAUCUGCUUCUUCUUCUUGGUUGAGCAUCCAGAAGACGUGAGCUGCAGCCCACCUCAGCACCAUGAGAGUUCAGAGCGAGAGCCUUUGCUAAGGACCUCAUUGAAUAGUGAGGAGAUCUUCAAUAAUCACACGACUGCAGUGGUGGAGGCUGGUGAAGAGGAAGCAGAGGCCAUCAGUUUCGUUGGAGCUCUCAGGAUACCGGGCGUGGUGGAGUUCUCCCUCUGUUUGCUUUUCGCUAAGCUGGUUAGCUACACAUUCCUCUACUGGUUACCACUAUACAUUGCUAAUGUCGCCCAUUUUGAUCCUAAAGCAGCAGGGGACAUGUCUACACUCUUUGACGUUGGGGGAAUUCUGGGUGGCAUCCUAGCUGGGCUUGUUUCAGACUACACCGGUGGGAGGGCGUCCACCUGCUGUGUCAUGCUAAUCGUUGCUGCUCCUAUGCUGUUUCUGUACAACCUCAUCGGACAGCGCGGCGUGCCAACCACAGUCGGUAUGCUGCUGCUUUGUGGUGCUCUUGUGAACGGACCCUACGCCCUCAUCACCACGGCCGUGUCAGCUGACCUGGGAACCCACGAGUGUCUCAGAGGAAAUGCCAGGGCUCUGUCCACUGUAACAGCUAUUAUUGAUGGCACAGGAUCAAUAGGUGCUGCUGUUGGGCCUCUUCUGGCCGGUUUGAUCUCUCCCACUGGCUGGAAUAAUGUUUUCUACAUGCUCAUCACUGCUGAUGUACUGGCCUGUCUGCUGCUGUCCAGGCUGGUGUUUAAAGAGAUCCGAGGAUGGUGUGGCUACUCUACAAGACCGAGAGGGUUCAAAGAGAUCUGAGGUGCCUGCCGGACGACUGAAUAUCACACCUGCAGCGGGGAGGCGGCGGCGGCGACAAAACAACGAAAUCAAGACCCAAUUUCCUGAUCCAUCACACAAAGCUGUUGGUUUUUUUUUGUUGUUUUUUUUAAAUAUAUAUUUUUAAUUUGAAUACAGGACACUUUUAUCCUUUUACACAGAGAAAAGAAACAAUAAGCCCAGUGGUGUGAUGAAAUGAAAUGAUUGGGGGUGGGGGGGGGCGAGACCCAUUUUGAUGUACAGGGGAAACGAAAAAAGAAUAAGAAACAAUGAAAGAGAGAAUCAGAGCUCCUCGAUUUGAACCCUGGGUGAUUUUAACAGAACUGUGCCUGAUUUUUUAAAAAUUAUUUUAAUCAUUAAAAUAUGCCAGCAGUGCAUAUUUGCUUUUA